AUGGAAGGGGCUGGUCCUGGACCUGAUGAGGCGCAAGGCCCAAUCGCCGACAACUUCGUCAUGGGCCAUGGUGAGGCAACGGAGGGGAAUCCCCUAAUCUUGCCGGCCUCACCAUGCUUACCGCCGCACCCCACCUCAGGCUUGGCCACUGAAGAAAAUCCCCCAAGGUCGCCGGCUGUUCUUGGCUCCCCAUGGACCUCUCCCCCACCGGAGUUCAGGUCUCUGAGUUCGCCUCCGGGUUUGGGCAAACGCUCUGCGAACCCGCUACAAGUCUACUCGCGUCGCCGCUCUCGCCCGCGCGGGGCUGCUCUUCCAGAGAGCUCCACGUUGGCGCCGACGAUAGAGCUGGAGGCCGAGGUCUCCGCCAAAUCUCCGUGUAUACCGGCGGGGGAUGUGGCAGCUCCGGCUCCGUCCCCAGCCGCGACGCCUUUGAACCACGACACCUUCAUCAGCAACCUCUCCCGUCGGACAGCAGGCCUGCUGCCAGUCCCCACCAUCAGCAAACGUCGCGCAAAAGCUCUGCCACCUGGUGAGACUCCACGGCGUAGUCGACGUCUUGCGGGGGCAGUGGCUGAGUUCCAACCGGUGGACUGGGCAAGGCGGUCGAAAAUGAAGGUUAUGCGCUCGCUGGAAAUCAUUAGUGAGCAGAAUGGUGUCUGUCAGCAGGCUGAAGAGGAGUAUUGUAAGCUUUUUGAAAACCCACUUCCUGACGUCCAUCUGAUUGGUUUGGCUGCCCUGUUCAACUGGUCCAUCCCCGAGUUCUGUGAGGAUGAUGAUCAAGUUGGUGAAGAUCUAGCCCUUGCCCGUGAAAUCCUCCAUCAGCUGGAGAUCACCCAGGACAGUCGCACCCUCUCACCAAGAGAAGACUGGCUGAAAAACAAUCUUAAGAAGCAUUGCCUUGCUCUUGCAUCCCUCAAGCGGACAAUUGCCCAUCUUUGCUCAAGAAUUGAUUGGGUACGUGAUGGGGACGCCAACACAAAGUUUUUCCAACUCCAUGCCCGUCACCGCAAGAGGAAGAACUUCAUAGGCAAGCUGGUUUCAGGUGACCAGAUCUACACCAAACAUGAAGACAAAGCAAGAUUGUUAGUUGAAUUCUAUGAGGGCUUGCUUGGGACAAGCCUGGACAGAGCGCGUACUAUCAACCUUGAUGCGCUUGGGAUCCUCUCCCAUGAUUUGGUUGAUCUUGAGCUCCCGUUUACUGAAGAAGAGAUGAUGCAUAUAUGGGAGCGUCGAGUUCAUGAUGGAAUAAGCGAUGUGUUUGAAGAUUGUGGAAAGGAAAGUCGCAUUGUCAUCACAACAAGGAAAACGGAUGUAGCUGCUCUUGCCACACCAGGUUACCAGCUCAACCUGAAUCCAUUAGACAUCAAGGAUGCACUCCAGCUCUUCUUUACAAAGGCUUUUCCCAACAAAACCCACUUUGAUUGGAUAUCAGAACUUCUUGAGUGUGCUAAUGAUAUGAUGAAGACUUCUGAGGGUCUUCCAUUGGAAAAGUGCCCACUAGAGCUUCAAGAGCUUGCUAAUCAUAUUGUUAGGAAAUGUGAGGACUCCUCAGUGGCAAAGUGUCCAUCUGAGCUUCAGGAUCUUGCUACUUAUACUGUAAACAAAUUUAAGGGCUUGUCACUAUCAGCAUUCCCAUCAGAGCUUCAGAAUCUAGCUACUCUUAUUGUAAAACAGUCUGAGGAUUUACCUCUGGUAAAGUGUCCAUCAGAGCUUCAGGAGAUUACUAUCGAUAUUGUAAAGAAAUGUAGGGGUUUGCCGCUGGCUAUUGUAUCAGUAGGCAGUAGGUUGUCUUCAAGGAAGCAAAUAGUGCCAGUUUGGAGGCAGAUGUGCAAUGAGCUUCCUUGUGAGCUGGAAAAAGAUGACCAGGUUCAACGAAUUAUAAAUCUUAGCUACUAUGACUUGCCAAGUGACCGUCGAAACUGCUUCGUAUACUGCAGCCUGUUUCCAGAAGAUUACCACUUCUCAAAGGAUGACCUUGUGCGACUGUGGGUUGCUGAAGGAUUUGUUGAAAAGAAAGGGGAUAGCACUCUUGAGGAGGUAGCAGAGGGCUAUCUUUCCGAGCUGAUCCACCGCAAUAUGCUGCAACUUGUGGAAAAUGAUGAGCUUGGAAGGGUGAAUACAUGCAAAAUGCAUGACAUUUUAAGAGAGUUGGCCCUUUGCAUCUCUAAAGCAGAAAUAUUUGGUACAGUAAAUGAUUUUGGUGCAAUGGUGCAGAUGGACACAGAUGUUCGUCGCAUAUCUUCAUAUGGAUGGAAGAAGACGAAAACGAAUAAAUCCAAGAUGAAAUUUCCGCACCUCCGAACUCUGAUGGCAAGUGAUACCAUUGUGGACUAUGUGCCAUCAAUACUAUCUGAAUCAAAGUACCUUACUGUCCUUGAGCUGCAGAACUCUGAUUUCCAGGAACUGCCUACAUCUAUAGGAAAUCUGUUUAAUCUGAAAUACAUUGGCCUAAGAAAUACAAGAAUAACAUCGCUGCCAGACUCCAUUAAGAAUCUCUGCAAUCUUCAAACUCUUGAUGUGAAAUCAACUAGCAUAAAAGCACUGUCACCUGGUAUAGUGAAGCUCACUAAGCUAAGGCACCUUCUUGCUGACAAAUUUGCUGAUAAGAACCAGUCAGAGUUUCGGUACUUCAUCGGAGUGGAAGCUCCGGAAGGGCUUUCGAACCUUGAAGAUUUACAGACUCUUGAGACUGUGCAAGCAAGCAUGGACUUGCCGGAGCAACUUGAUAUGCUUUUGCAUCUAAGAAGCCUGUGGAUAGAUAACAUCACUUCUGCGGUUCUGCCCACUGUGGAGGGCUUUUUGCUACCUUCUGAUGAAAAUGAGACACUUCUCUUGAAUCAUUUCAAUCCAACUUGCAUGAAGCUCCACAAGCUAAUUAACCAUGGCAGAUAUCUCAAGUAUCUUUCCCUAAGCAGAUGCCAUUUUGUAGGAGACCCGCUGGUGGUUCUAGCAUCUACUGUACCGAACAUCACGUAUCUGAGACUUAACAAUAUACCUAGUCCACCUACUUUGGACCUUCCGGAAGGAUCCUUCCCACACCUGAAGACACUUGUUUUGAAGAACAUGAAUGAUGUCAGCCUUCUGAAAAUUAGUAAUGGUGCACUUCCAGUCAUAGAAUGCCUAUAUAUCACAUCACUGCCAAAAUUGGAGACACUCCCUCGAGGCAUCAAAUCCCUGGGCUCCUUGAAAAAGCUCUGGCUGCUGGAUCUCCACAGUAACUUCAAGGCUCAAUGGGACAUGGCUGGAAUGCAGAAGGAUCUACAGCAUGUUCUGGAGAGACGUGCCUAA